AUGACGCCUGGCUCCAUCAGCCUACCGCUUGGAUCCUCGUCGACCCGUCGUCAUAGCCUGCCCCUGCUCCUGCUCCUGCAGCCUACUCGUGCCUACGCCGUCCAGCCUACACCCCGACGCCGACUCUACCCGCACACCGCUGGUCCUGCCGCCGCCGCCGCCGCCGCCGCCAUCACUACGCCCAGCAGCAGCGACGUCAACAUGCUGGGAAAGGCCGCCAAGGCUUAUGGGGCGAAUCCGCCGCCGUCCCGGCCGUCAGCCGACUCGGACAUUCGAGACCAGUUCAGCAGGCCUGCCGCCGCCGCCGCCGCCGCCGCGUCGGCGAGGACCGAAAACGAAGAACAACAGCGGAUGCUGUCACAGAAAUGGCAGCGUACAGCAUCGUGGCAACAGCAGAAAGGGGGGAACCUUGCUUCGCUGUACAGCCAUCGAGACUCGUUUCGGGACGAACAACCGAUCCGCGAUGACAGCAAGAGCAACGUGGUUGACCUGACGAUGCCGGGAGCGGACACGAUACCCAAGGCCCAGGCCCAGCCAGAGGUCUUCUUCCUCGAGGAUGACUUCAGCGACGACGCCGAUCUGGACCUGGACUUCGAGGCACCCUCGGCCCUACCACCGAUGCCGAGAAAGGCAGAGCCGGCAGCCAAGGAGAAUAUACCUCCUCCUCCUCCUCUGAGAUCCACGCAGGAAGUAGAAUGGUCCUCGUCGCCGCCGUCACAUCUGCAGCCCCCAAAGAAGGAGGAUGCGGCGUCUGCCCCGUCCCUUUCGCUGAAACGCCGGUCCUCCGGUGAGGACGAAGGCAUGUUCAAGGCGCCGCCGCCGAAGAAGCGUACACUUCCUGCGUCGUUCCUGGACCCCCCUGCAGGAGAUGGACCUCAGCCGCCGGCCGCCAAGCCGUCCGUCGCCAAGACGCCUGCGCACAGCGCUCGGAAGGACUUUCUGGACCCUUCUGCCAGCGCUAUAAAGGAGCAGCGGCGGCUGCUCAAGAAUCAGCGCCAGCCCCAGGAAGCCGGCGGCCGAGAGAGCAGAGACGGGUCCGAGAAGGAUCCCGGGCCGGCCCUGAACGCCGCCAUCUCCCUGAGUCCGGAGCAGAACAUGGUCAGGGAUCUCGUCGUCAACCAGCAGAAGAGCGUCUUCUUCACCGGCCCGGCCGGGACAGGAAAGUCGGUCCUGAUGAAGGCCAUCAUCAGGGAUCUCAAGGAAAAGCACGCCAGGGCCCCGGAGCGCGUCGCCGUGACGGCGUCCACCGGCCUGGCGGCGUGCAACAUCGGCGGCAUCACCCUGCACAGCUUCGCGGGCAUCGGGCUGGGCAAGGAGCCGCCCAACAUCCUGGUGAAGAAGAUACGCCGAAACCCCAAGGCCAAGAACCGCUGGCUGAAGACGGAGUUUCUGAUCAUCGACGAGGUCUCGAUGGUGGACGGCGAACUGUUCGACAAGCUGUCGCAGGUCGGCAGGCUGAUCCGAAACAACGGCCGGCCGUGGGGCGGCAUCAAGCUCGUCAUCACCGGCGACUUCUUCCAGCUGCCGCCCGUGCCGGACGCCGGAGCCAACCGGGAGGUCAAGUUUGCAUUCGACGCCACGACGUGGAGCACGUCGGUAGACUACACGUUUGGCCUGACGCAGGUGUUCCGCCAGCGCGACCCCCGGUUUGCCGAGAUGCUCAACGAGAUGCGCCUGGGCAGGAUAAGCACCGAGACGGAGCAGGCCUUCAGGGCGCUCUCGCGGCCGCUGAAGUUUGACGACGGCGUCGAGAUGGCGCAGCUGUUCCCCACGAGGGCGCAGGUGGAGCACUCCAACGUGUCGCGGCUGCGGGCGCUGCCGGGGGAGGCGCGACGGUUCGCGGCAGCGGACUCGGGAGAUCCCAUGGUGCGCGACAAGCUCCUGCAGAACAUGAUGGCGCCUCCGGUCAUCGAGCUCAAGGUGGGCGCGCAGGUGAUGCUCAUCAAGAACUUUGACGCGUCGCUCGUCAACGGAUCCCUGGGCAAGGUGAUUGCCUUCUCGGACGAGAAGUCGUUCGAGAUGUCGAUGGGCCUCGGCCAGGACGACGCGCCGGAUUCGGCGGCCCUGGCCAAGGCCCGGGCCAAGCUCCAGCAGUUCCAGAGCGCGUCGGCGCAGGGCGACAACAAGUACCCGGUGGUCCAGUUCAUCGCGGUCGACGGAAGCUCGCGCACGGUCCUGUGCCAGCCCGAGGAGUGGAAGGUGGAGCUGCCCAACGGCGAGGUCCAGGCCAAGAGGACGCAGCUCCCGCUGAUCCUGGCCUGGGCGCUCUCGAUCCACAAGGCCCAAGGCCAGACGCUGGAGCGGGUGGCGGUGGACCUGGGGAGGGUGUUUGAGAAGGGGCAGGCCUACGUCGCGCUCAGCCGAGCCGUCAGCCAGCAAGGGCUGCAGGUGCUGCACUUCAACAAGAGCAAGGUCAUGGCUCACCCGAGGGUAUGCGAGUUUUACAAGCAGCUCCCGAGCGUGGAGGAGGCGCUGGCAUCGUACAGACCCAAGUCGUCGUCGAUCGGGGACUUCAUCACGAACCGCAAGGGGGCUGCUUGA